AUGCGGAGAAAGACGGGACAGGAUUGGCGGGGCCGGGCGCUGCCUCGGUCGGGAUGGGCGGGGCUUGGAGUGCGUGGGGAGCAGCCGGGGGAGCCGGAGGGGCUCGGGAGGAGGCGGCGAGAUCCGAAGGGCGAGCCCGGGAGCCCUUCCCGUGGGGUCCGGUCCGCCGACACCGUGCUUGCCCCGCUGCGGGCGGCCCUGGACGCCUGCCGGGCCACGGUGCAGAAACAAGUGUGCAAUGACAUCGGGCGGCGGCUGACAGUGCUGGAGGACGCGUGGGCUCAGGGGAAGCUGUCGGCACCAGUGAGGAAGAGGAUGAGCCUCCUGGUGCAAGAGCUUCAGCAGCAGCACUGGGAUGCAGCUGAUGAGAUCCACCGCUCGCUUAUGGUGGACCACGUGAACGAGGUGAGCCAGUGGAUGGUGGGCGUCAAGCGCCUCAUCGCCGAGACGCGGCAGCUGCCCACCGGAGAGACGGACGGCAGCGCUGACACCGAGCCCGCGACCGAGCUGGAGCAGGAGGGGCCCUGACACCAGGGACGGGGCUGUGAACUGUGAGCGGGGCAGCCCCUGCCCAGGGCCACCGGCAGGAACAGAGCCCCUGCUGCUGGAGGGAGUCUGGGCACCCCCUCUGCCUCCCAAUCCUCAUCCAGAAAAGGGGAUUUUAAUCAUUGCGACAUUUUAGUGGCGAUUCAUUAUGUUUAAUAAACAGCACCAACCUGCCCCUCC